AUGAAACAAAAAAAAGAAAAUAGAUUAAACCUUCUUCCAAUUAUCGAAUGUGUCAUGCUUUGUGGAAGGCAAGAACUUGCUUUACGUGGACAUAAAGAUGCUGGUCCAAUUUGUUUUAAAACUGAAUUUGAACCUUAUAUUAAUGAAGGUAAUUUCCGUGCCAUUUUGAAGUAUAAGGCUAAAGAUCUGAAUCAUUUAAAACAUUUUUUGGAAUCUGAUGGCCGAUACAAGUACACAAGUGCAAAAAUCCAAAAUGAAAUUAUUUCAUCUGCUGGAGAUAUUUUAUUAGAGAAAAUUGUCAAAGAGGUCAAUUCUGCCAAAUGCUUUUCAGUUUUAGCAGAUGAAACGACUGACAUUUCAGUCAAAGAACAAUUAGCGUUGUGUGUUAGAUAUGUUGUUGGUUCUGAUGAAAAUGUAUUUGUUUGUGAACGCUUUUUAAAAUAUAUCGAAAUUCAUAGUCUGACAGGAAAAGACAUUGCAUCAACUAUUGUGAAUGGGCUCAAUUCAUGUGGAAUAGACUGCAGUAACAUGUAUGGACAAGGUUAUGACGGUGCUUCUAAUAUGUCGGGGCGUUUUAAAGGUACUCAAAAAAUUGUGAGGGAAACAUGUCCUAAGGCCCUAUAUGUUCAUUGCGCAGCACACUCGUUGAAUUUGGCUGUAUCUACAAGUUGUGAUAUUCAAGCAAUACGAAAUUCUUUGGGUUUGGUUGAAAAAAUGUACUGCUUUUUAAAUACACCUAAACGCAAAAAUGUCUUGUUAAGUGUUAUUAACGAAAGUGACUUGGAUACAAGAUCAAAAUCUAUUAAACAUCUUUGUGCAACAAGAUGGGUGGAAAGAUAUACGGCAAUAAAUGAUUUUGUAGAAUUAUUUCCUUAUGUAAUUCAAACAUUAGAAAAAAUAUGCGAGUGGAAUGACACAACUUCGACUGAUGCAAACAUUUUAAUGAAAGCAAUGGACUCAGAAUUUUUAAUUUCACUUCAAGUUUUAUUUUCAUAUGGCUUACCAUUAUGUAAACUUUUGCAAAAAGUCAAUCUUGACUUAAAAGAAGCAGUAGAUCUUGCUGAAAUUACUGUUGCUACUAUUCAACGUUUACGUGUAAAUAUAGCUGAAGAGUUUAAACAAUUGUUUAAAGAAGCUGAGUUAAAUGAGCGCUUUUUAUGUCAUAAAAAUGUACUUAAAGGAUUUCAAUGUUUGUUUUCUGGUACAUAUUCAGAUGAUUUUGAUGAACUUCUUCUAUUUUAUCUUGACACUGAUGAACAAAUUGUUAAAGCAGAAUUAAAUCUAUGGCAUGCAGUACUUAACAACAAUGGACAAUACCCUAAAAGUGGGUUGGAAGCAUUAAGGCUAUGCAAGAAGGAAAUGUUUCCAAAUAUUCAUUUCUUAGUUCAAAUACUAUGUACUUUACCAGUGUCCACAGCAACCCCAGAACGAACGUUUUCAUGUCUAAAAAGAUUGAAAACUUAUUUAAGAAACACAAUGACAGAAGCACGACUUAAUGGUCUGACAAUGUUGGCUGUUCACACUGAUAUACCACUUUCAGCUGAAGAAGUCCUUGACGAACUUGCAAAAAAACCACGCAAACUAGACUUUGUUUUAUAA